AUGGACAUCGCUGUUGAGCUCCCCACUUCUCAGCGCGGUCAAGCUCCCGCUCGAGGUCAAGCUCCCCUUGCCAUGGACACCCUCGACAAGAUCUAUUUUGACAUGACUGAUGCGCAGCAAGAUCACGCCCUGGCCGUGGAAAGCUUGGCGCCCGAGCUGGCUGAUCUGAGGAUCGAGCUCUGCCCCAGCCACAUGAGCGAGGGCUACUUCUGGAAGAUAUACUUCGUGCUGCUGCAUCCUAAGCUCAGGAAGCAUGAUGCUGAGAUUUUAUCCAGUCCACAGAUUUUGGAAGCUAGAGACAAGUUGUCACACGAUUUGCAGUAUCGGACGAAGUUACAAGGCAGCUAUGGGGACACCGUACCUGUGCCUUUCAGCAAUGAAGAUGGUGUUUUAAGUUCUCCUGUAGAGGUUUUGGGUGUACCUGUGCCUUUCAGCAACGAAGAUGAUGUGCAUGCAGAUAUAGUGUACUAA